AAAACAGCACCCGUUUGUGUUCGUUGUCGUCUGCUCAGUUUGAACGACACAUUGUUUUGAGAGAAAAUGACAUUUGAAGACCAUGACAGUCGACGGCGACUUCGACGUGCCUGCAACGGGUGCUGUUUUUACCUUUGGCAAGAGUAGGUUUGCGGACAAUUCUCCCUCCAAGUUUUGGAUCAAGAAUGACAGGAUUUUGGAAUUGGCUUGUGGAGAUGAACAUACUGCUGUUGUCACAGAGAGUGGGCGAGUGUUUAUGAUUGGUAGCAAUGACUUGGGUCAGCUUGGCCUGGGUUCUACGAAGCCAGUUUCAAAACCAUCAUGUGUUAAAGCCCUGAAACCUGAGAAAGUCAAGCAUGCAGCAUGUGGCAGAGCGCAUACCAUUGUUUCAUGCGCUUCUGGGAGUGUGUACGCUUGGGGUCACAACGAGGAUGGUCAACUUGGGACAGAAGAUCUCGAGGACCGUCACUCCCCUAUCCUAAUUCUGGAAAUGGAUAUUCCAGUCACUGCUUUGGCAGCAGGGAGCACUCAUUCUGCUCUGUUGAAUGGAGUUACAGAUUACAGUAACUGGUUAAUUGAAAUAUCAAGGGCCUUCAAAUUCAUAGAUACAUGCAGUAUUGACAGUUACAUACUUGAGAAUUGUGUACAAAAGCUGAGAAUGAAUUAUUAUAAAGGGAAUUUAACAGAGCAUGGAUGGAAAGCUUUAGAGAGGAUACUGGAUGAGAGAUUAAGAGAGAUUGUAAAGAUCGGGAAACAGCAUUAUGAAUUUAUUAGAGGGAGAUGGAUGGUAGAUGCCAUCUUAUACCAAGAGGGAGGAUAUGAGGAUGUUGUUGACAGUAGCCUAAAAGCAGUGUGGGGGAAGUCGAGAGAUGUAGCUGGAGUAGUAUGUGAUAAGAAAAUGCCAAUCAAGCUAAAAGUCAAGAUCUAUAACACAGUGAUAAGACCAGUGUUAAUGUAUGGAUCAGAAACAUGGGCUCUUAAGAGGAAAAGAGGAAGUAAUGCUUGA